AUGUCUGCCGUCCACCCAAUGUCGUCCAACGACGAAUGCAAUGUCAUUAACGAUGACUUGUUCCGCGUUGACAAUUCUACCGAUUGUGAUUCUACUGACGGUCCCAUAACCGACGAUGAUAUUCCUGACGGUUACAUUACCGACUUCGAUGUUCCUGAUGACGAUGACACUUCUUUUGGUAUUUACGACGACGCCAUCAACUAUGACCCCAUCCAAGACCACUCUACCAAGCUGAGAUAUCUUUUGGACUGGAUGGCCCGUGUAACCAGCGGUCUACUGAAAACCAAUGUACCAAUGGAACACGUUCCUCAACUUCAGAAAGAUAUAUUGAGUGUCAUCAUGCGCGGGGAUUGCGCAGAUAUCAUCUCCUUGAUUCCGGGAUAUCUCAUACUCAACCAUCACCCCCAUCUUAUAAGCAUUCAGCUUGUCAAUGAGUUAAAUCAUGACAGCCUCGAACGCAUGGCCACCACAUCAAUGCACAUAGAGAGAGUCGUGGCAAUAGAGUAUAGCCGUUCUAUCCAUAUUUUUGGUUUUGAAACCUGGUUCUUUAACCGCUAG